AUGAGCUCCCCUGCUACCCUCAGCGCCAAACGCAGCUUCGGCAGUCUCCGCAGCACCAUGUCCGCCCUCUCCAAGUUCAAGAAGCGCCUCGCCGCUAUCAAGGAGGAGUGGGGGCCCCUGAUGGCUGCCAAGGAGUCUUGGGAUGACGAGUACAACUUUCCUGCUGGGCGCAGGGCUGGUCAGCGCUUGAGUUGGUACCAACGCGCAUGGUGA